AAAAAAAAAAAAAAAAGAUCCGAUAGCCCGUGAAAUUAGCUCGGCAGCACCCGACUUCCUGAUGCAUAUUCAUUUGUAUUUAAGGAGCAUGCUCGUGGCGCCACAUUGAUGUUUUCUCGAUUAAGAAAGGCGUGUCACGUGUGAAAUUUUUCAUUUCUUUAAAAUUCUCAUGUUUUGCGUCACGAAUUAUGUCUCGAUCGAGUCUACUAUCUGUUGCUUGUUACAGUGGUGAUAAUAGGGUAUCUAAAAAUCUUUCUCUGAAGUCUCUCCCGAUUUUGGUUACGUGCGAUUCGCGAGAUAAUGUCCAGAGGAUUCUUAGGUACGGCACAUCUCCACGUAGAAGGCUCUUACAGUCUUUUAUUAAAGCGCACAGUUUGGAAGUACGUCCCAAACGAAGAUUGUGUCACACUGAAAAUGAAUACAAAGGGUCUGGUAGUCAGACUAAUUCUGAAUUAAAUGUGAGGAAGCUGAGACAAGAGUUGGCCAAGGAGAAGAAUACCCGUAAUGGACACGAUACUAGGAAAUCAUAUGAAACUCGGAAAAAUCCAUUUGGACAUCAUGAUACCGAUGGAAAUAUCACCGAUAUAUUCUGUCCAAGACUAUUCGGUGAGCAGAAUGAUUCACUGAAUGAAAACUUUCUGCCGAACUUACAUCCGCUCUCAAGAGCUUUGAAUAUCUCUUCUAAGAGUCUUGAUCUUGUGCCGAGAAACCCCUCAGUUGGUUUAAUUGACUUUCAAGAGAAGAUCGAAUCUGUAAAGCUCAAUAUUUUGCAUCCUGUCGAGAAAGGUAACAUUGAGAGUUUGGAAAAUCAGCAAGAGAUCCUAGAACAGCCAAGUGAAUCGGAGAAAGAGAAAUCUAAAGAUGAAGUUCAGAUAAAUUUGAUGAAUUUGGAAAAGGCAAAAGAGCCGAAAAAAAUUGACUUCAGCCGCGGUGAUGAUUCUUGCUUGAACGAGGAACUUUUACCCGAUGAGAAUCCAUGCAGGUCCGACGCGGCACAGUAUAAGUAUACUGUAGAGUUGGAAGCUGCAAAACGAUCUGUUCAAUGGAGUAACGAGGUUGAUGUUAUCUAUUAUGCAGGGGAUGCUAAUGGAGGUAAGGUAAUACGACGUAAAACAGAGCCACUACGAGAAGAAGCAGAUCAGCAGGCGCGACACAAGCAUUUUAUAAAUAUGGCGCUGACCAGAAGUCUAUUGUCAGGAAUGAAUGCCAGGGGUAGAUUGAUCAAUCCCAGGAUCGCCCUGUUUCACAAAUAAAAUUUAAUAGGAAAUAACCGAAAAAGACCGCAUAUCAAAUAGUAUUAUCAUAAGAUCCAAAGAUGUCUGGAUAUAUUUUUUAUUUAUUUUCUUUCAAUUUGGUACGUUUUUAUUCGCGUCUUAACAUAAUGUUAAUCAGUGUAAAUCGUAAUAAAGUAUCGAGGAAAGAUAAGUUAAAUUUAA